UUUUUAGCUUAUUGGUGUCCCAAACGGAGCCUUUCUCUUUUCACGAAUCUCUCCUUUCUUCUGCGAGCGAAACCAUCACACUCACCACAACGCUGCGCCGUUCUUUCUCAACUACCUCACUCGUUACCUCGUUUAGCUACAGUGUGCGUUCCAGAGCCGUCAUUUUCUCAUUCUGUCGAUUCUGGCUAUCGUGAAAUGGGUUGGAAAGCAGCUGAGAAACUCAUUAGGCAUUGGAAAGUUCUCAGAGGGGACAAUGUUAUGAUAAUAAGGGGAAAAGAUAAGGGCGAAACUGGAGUAAUUAAGCGUGUUGUUCGCUCUCAGAAUCGUGUCAUUGUUGAGGGCAAAAAUCUGGUAAAGAAGCAUAUCAAGCAAGGACAAGGCCAUGAAGGUGGUAUUUUUACUGUUGAAGCUCCAAUCCAUGCCUCCAAUGUGCAAGUUAUUGAUCCAGUCACAGGGAAGCCUUGCAAGGUUGGAACUAAGUAUCUUGAAGAUGGUACCAAAGUCAGAGUGUCCAGGGGAAUAGGAGCAUCUGGCUCCAUUAUUCCUCGUCCCGAGAUCUUAAAGAUAAGGACUACACCAAGACCUUCCGUCGCUGGUCCCAAAGAUACUCCAAUGGAACUUGUGUAUGAGAAGACUUACGAUGCUAAAACAGGAAAGGGCAUGCCUGAACUUUAACUAAGGAGAUAGAUUUUAUUAGGUACCAUAUCCAAUUAGAUAUUUGCUAUCUCAGUGAGCAUGGUAUGAUAUGAAUUUUGUCGCAUCAUGAUACGGUUAAAUAAACCGCUUUCAGAUUUAUGUGGGAAUUACCAAUCACUUGUUGUUUUACUUAGUAGCUAGCAAAAAUUUGUUAUUUUUUGUUUCUAAUCAAUUGAUUCUAGCUUCCUGGUACUAGUGAUUGUUAUUUCACUCUUUGAACUUGUAAAUUAUUGAGAUGAGUAAGAUAAACUCGUUUGAUUGUGCUUA